UUUCUUUAAGAUGACGCCCUCCUCUCUAGGAGCCAAUGAGAAGAGAGCUUCCGCGAUUGGCUGGUGCACACUGACUGCAGUGGCGUGUGUUUGCAGGCCUGAGCUGAGCGACUACAGCACUUGGGGGAAGAGCAAUGCAUUCAUUAGAACAAGCCGGAGACCUGAAGGCUUUUGAGAGGAGACUGACAGAGUAUGUUUCUUGUUUGCAGCCGGCUACAGGUCGUUGGCGCAUGAUUCUGAUCGUGGUGUCUGUGUGCACAGCCACAGGAGCCUGGAACUGGCUGAUAGAUCCAGACACUCAGAAAGUUUCUUUCUUGUCAUCUUUAUGGAAUCAUCCAUUUUUCACUAUCAGCUGUGUGACUCUGAUUGGCCUUUUCUUUGCUGGAAUACACAAACGAGUUGUCGCACCAUCUAUUAUUGCAGCACGCUGCCGGACAGUACUAGCAGAAUAUAACAUGUCCUGUGAUGAUACGGGGAAACUUAUCCUGAAACCACGGCCUCAUAUCCAAUAGCACUUUGAAGAGACAGAAAUGGAGAGUAUUUCAUAUCAACAUAUUAAUCAUCAAGAUUGCACAUAGGCCUCAAUGCCAGGAGUUUAUCCAAAGUGUGUGAGGGUUGACCUCCCAAAUAGGACUCUAAAUUCCCUCUGCAAUUUAUGAAGAAGCACUGAGAGCUCAAAAGGAAAUGUCCAUUUUGAAGAAAAACAUUGUUUCUGCUAUUUUUAGAUAACAUCCUUAUAUUUCUGUUGAAAAUGUUGAGUUUUAUUUGAUUGUGGAUUUUGAUAUCCUCAUUUGUAAAGCUGUUCUAUUUUAGAUGCAUACGGUGUAUGUAUUUUUAAGUAAAUUGCUGAACACAUAAUAAAUAUUAAAGUGUAGAUAUUUGUUCACCUUAAGAUGAUUUCUACAUAUGUAGGCAACAUUUGUGAAAUGUUUAUGCCUAUGACAUGAUGUGCUGCUUUUUGUUGUUUUUAAAAGUACUUUUAUGCGACCAAAGGCUGCACUAGUUGUUUAACAUAAAAGGGAGACAGGCAAAUGCAUCUUUAAAUGAGUGUCAUGGUUGGCUGAGAUUUUAUUUACUUUCACUCCAGAGUCAAAGUCUACAAGAAAAUCUUUAAAUGAGCUGUGUUGGCAAUAAUAAAAGUUGUUUGUUA